UAGAUUGUGGAUUUGCAUGCAUAGACAAUACAGUGAUAUGCAAACUAGGGCACCAGAUUGCCCUCUCUUCUGGUCGACCUGUCAUACCUCUCUGUCAUCUCCUUCUGUUCAUUUUUCUCCCCUGUCCUAUCUACGUAGUAUCACAUGGUGACAGGUUAUCUAUCUCCAGAUGGAACAUUUGGUUGAUCUUUGGCAGAGUGUGCUGUGUUUGGACAUUGAAAUUUUGGCACAGCUCAGAGGACUUUACUACAGGGAUGGUGUUAGAUUUUGAAAAUAAUUAGUGUCACACUGCUGGAGAAGAGGAAACAUUUUGAUAUUUAGGACUCUGGCAUUUAUAUAUGUAUAUAUAUGCUGAGGGGCAGUUGGCAGACCGUGCUUUUUAGGGUAAAGAAUGGCUCUGUAAAUUCAUUGCUUGUGCAUUGAGGUUGACUUUGUUGCAUUGCUACAAAAAUAUAAUAUAACAGGUGAAAAGAUUAACUCCACACCACUUUAUAGCUGGAGUAGGAAGGCAACAGCUUAAGGGAUUUUUCAUACUUUUCCUUACAAACUUAAAGAAGAUGUGAUAAAGCUGUGCAUGGUGUGGUAUUUUUAUAUGUUGGACAGAUCUAUCUAGUGACUAGUUCUUUUGGCUGCAGUAUUGCUGGUGACUAGGCCAUUUGCUGCACUGAUGACUAGUAAGAGAGACAAAAAAGUCAACAACAGCUGUGACAAAUCUUCUGUGACAUGCUACUAGGAAAAUCAAAAGGAGAGAAUUGUAUUACUUUUAGGCCACUGAAACACCGAUUGUCCUUAUAACCUGGAGGAGGCGCAUUACCUUGUGGGGUUUAGAAACAUGACAGUCAUUUGACAACAAACUGAGAGAACAAAAGGAUAAGUGCUUCAGGGUACAGUGCCAUGUUGCUGGGAAAACUAAUAGAGGCCCGUCACUUGAUAAAAAAUUAAAACUGAACUGAAGUAAGACAGUUUGCUGUGAAAAAAAAAAGAUAUAGAGGCACUGCAGACAUGAUCACAGCAUCAACUAACUAAUUUGCUUUGAAAAUUGAAAAAGAUUGAGGUUGUGUGAUUACAGCAGCAACUGUGAUAUUUUACUAGGGGAGAUAAUAGAUAUGGAGUCGGUUGAAGAGAGCGAGGACAGUCUGGCACAGGAACUGGAAACGGGAGAAAAAUCAGAUUCUAUAGACAGUGACCAAGAGAGUAUCAGCAGUGAGAAGAAGACAGUCAGCUCAUCCAGUCGACCAUCCAGUCCUGUGACUAAUAGACAAGGGAGCAAUUCGAACCCUCAGCCCAGCCCAAACAGCCUUCCAGAUCUGGUUCCCCCAUCCAUUCUACCAGGAGGUGAAACCAUAGUGGCAGGGAACCCUUUUGACGACCCUCCUCCACCACAACAACAGUUGAAUAUCACAUCAUCACAGCAUCAGCAGCAGCAACAAAAACAGCAACAACUUCAACAACAGAUCCAGCACCGUAACAUGAUGAAUAAGAUGCCACCCCCUCAUGGUCCCCAGGGACCUCACCCUGGUGGACCACACCCAAGUGGUCCUAACGCACAAAAAGUGUACCCUCCAAAUCAACCAAUGGUGUUCAACCCUUCCAACCCCAAUGCGCCACCUAUCUAUCCAUGUGGAAUCUGCCACAAAGAGGUACAUGACAAUGACCAAGCAAUUUUAUGUGAAAGUGGAUGUAACUUUUGGUUUCAUCGUAUAUGUACAGGACUAACAGAGGCAGCCUACCAAAUGUUAACACAUGAGGUAUAUGCUGAGUGGGUGUGUGAUAAGUGUCUAACUUCAAAGAAUAUACCACUGGUUAAGAUGAAACCUUAAUGAAAAGACUGCAGUUGCACUUUUACACCAAUGGUAAAAAAAAAAGAAAUGUGGUAAAAAUCAAACCAUGUUUAUGUCAUUCUUUAAAGACUUUGUAAUGAAAAAUAUGCAUAUUUUUGUUUUUGUUGUUUUUAUGAUGGUGGAAUUGCUGAUUUAAUCAAAAGAGUUCAGGCAUGUUUACAUGGCAGAUUGAAAUAACUAAGAGUUAUAAACUGUUUUUCGGUUGUUCAGUUAGAUACAUAUAUGUAUCUGGCAUUCUUCAAAUUACGUUUUUUAAAUGAAAAAUGUGAUUUCUUUUAAUCUUCCAAUAUGUUGGCAUUCACAAAGUGUUUUGUUACAUUUGUUCAGUAGCCACAUGGCUUUAUCAGAUGUUUUGUGCAAGUAUCAAAAUUCUAGCGUUAAGGGUUUUUAGGUAUGUUAGGUUUUUUUAAG